AUGAGAYAUCCSACUCUCCCUGGUGGUGUUGGUGGCGCCGGUGGCGGUAGUGGUCAUCAGCGGUUAUCAAUCGACCCGACAUUUUGGUGGUGGUGUCGAUSCUAUUCGACAAUAACUAACGAUACUACCGCCGGCACYAGYGAUGGACGGCCGCCAAAGAUCGGCGCCAUUCAUAUACUCAAACAAAUGUUUGGCUACGUUUGGCCAAAAGAWAAACCCGAAAUCAGGCGUCGAGUGACCGCAUCGAUGGGUCUCUUAGUAUUGGCAAAGGUAAUCAAUGUCGAGAUACCGUUUAUAUUCAAGCACGGCAUCGACCAUCUGAAUGCCAACACUGGMAACUUGUUGGCACUAUCGGAUCCGGCCAGUACGGUAAUGACUACGGCAGUGGCCCUAAUGAUUGGCUAUGGUAUGGCCAGAGCCGGUUCAUCGUUGUUCAAUGAGCUCMGGAACGCCGUUUUUGCCAAAGUAGCCCACGAUUCCAUAMGACGGGUGGCCGGCAAUGUGUUUACACAUUUGCAUAGAAUGGAUCUCAACUUUCAUYUGAAUCGSCARACGGGUGCCUUGUCUAAGGCCAUCGAUCGGGGAACUCGUGGCAUCAAUUUUGUGUUAAGCGCACUGGUAUUCAAUGUCGUCCCAACUAUAUUGGAAGUAGGACUGGUCAGCGGUAUUAUGUACUAUAAUUUUGGCGCCCARUUUGCUAGCAUAACCYURGGCUGUAUCGGUGCCUAUACAGCGUUUACACUGGGCAUAACACAAUGGCGUACAAAAUUCAGGGUACAUAUGAAUCGGGCCGAAAAUCUGGCCGGUAAUCAAGCUAUUGACUCAUUGAUUAACUACGAAACGGUUAAAUAUUUUAAUAACGAACAAUACGAGAGUAAACAAUACGAUAAAUUGUUGUCCAAAUAUACGGAAGCGUCGUUGAAGACAACCACGAGUUUGUCGUUUUUGAAUUUCGGUCAAAAUGCCAUUUUUAGCGCCUCGUUGGCCGCUAUUAUGAUUUUGGCCGCCAAAGGCAUUGUUGCCGGAAACAUGACUGUCGGCGAUCUGGUUAUGGUUAACGGUCUACUGUUUCAGCUAUCAUURCCAYUGAAUUUUUUGGGAUCCGUUUACCGUGAGAUUAGACAAUCAUURAUAGAUAUGCAGACAAUGUUUAAUCUGUURAGUCUACAAACCAGUGUAAAGGAAAAACCAAACGCACCGACACUUAUACUGUCGCCACAGGAGGCGUCCGUCAAGUUCGAGGACGUCUACUUUGAAUAYGUUUCGGGUCAGCCYAUACUCAAUCACYURUCAUUUGAAGCGCCGGCCGGCAAAUGGGUAGCACUGRUCGGUUCGAGCGGUUCGGGAAAGUCGACAAUCGUUCGGCUACUCUAUCGGUUUUUUGAUCCCCAGAGUGGCCGCAUAUUGAUCAACGGUAAAGAUAUCCGUGACUAUAGUCUGGAUAGCCUCAGGAGGAAUAUAGCUAUUGUACCCCAGGAUACAGUACUGUUCAAUCAGACCAUWCAAUACAAUAUCAAUUACGGCAGUAUUGGUAAACCGGUGGGCGAUGUCCAGCGUGUGUCGGCAAUGGCCGAACUACACCAGUCUAUCGAACGUUGGCCCCAGAAAUAUGAUACUCAAGUGGGCGAACGUGGCCUCAAGUUGAGUGGCGGCGAAAAACAACGUGUGGCCAUUGCCCGGGCCGUACUAAAAGAUAGUCCAAUAUUUGUGUUCGACGAGGCCACCUCAUCGUUGGACUCGAUUACCGAAUAUAAAAUUAUGUCAGCCCUCCAGCGGGCCACUCAAAACCGGACGUCCAUCGGUAUAGCUCAUCGGCUGUCGACAGUGGUCAGCGCCGAUACUAUCUACGUAUUAUCCGACGGUCGGGUUAUCGAUAGCGGCAAUCAUCAGGAGUUGCUUUAUAGAAAACCCGAUAGUCUUUACGCAAAAUUAUGGACAAAACAGCACAAUAUUGACGCCGGCGGCGGCGGCGGCGGCCAAUUGGACGCCAAAUUAAUAGCCGCCGAUAAUCAGCCGAAAAGUGCCGACGAUUUCCAAUGA